UUGUGUGAAGAUGGAGUUUCCCGGAGGAAAUGACAAUUACCUGACGAUCACAGGGCCCUCGCACCCCUUCCUGUCAGGGGCCGAGACAUUCCAUACACCAAGCUUGGGAGAUGAGGAAUUUGAAGUCCCACCUAUCUCCUUGGAUUCUGAUCCUUCACUGGCUGUCUCAGAUGUGGUUGGCCACUUUCAGGACCUGGCAGACCCUUCCUCCUCUCAGGAUGGCAGCUUUUCAGCCCAAUAUGGGGUCCAGACAUUGGACAUGCCUGUGGGCAUGACCCAUGGCUUGAUGGAGCAGGGCGGCGGGCUCCUGAGUGGGGGCUUGACCAUGGACUUGGACCAUUCUAUAGGAACUCAGUAUAGUGCCAUCCCACCUGUUACAUUUGAUGUACCAAUGACAGACAUGACAUCUGGCUUGAUGGGGCAUAGCCAGUUGACCACCACUGAUCAGUCAGAACUGAGUUCUCAACUUGGUUAGUUAGGGGGUGGCACCAUCCUGCCACCUGACCAGUCACCUGAGGAUUGUCUUUCAACCACCCCUUCACCUACUAGUUCACUUCAUGAGGAUGGUGUUGAGGAUUUCCGGAGGCAACUUCCCAGCCAGAAGACAGUUGUGGUGGAAGCAAGAAAAAAGCAGAAGGCCCCAAAGAAGAGAAAAAAGAAAGGUCCUAAUGAACCUCAGAAGCCAGUUUCAGCAUAUGCUUUAUUCUUUUGUGAUACACAGGCUGCCAUUAAGGGACAGAAUCCCAAUGCCACUUUUGGGGAGGUUUCAAAAAUUGUGGCCUCCAUGUGGGAUAGUCUUGGAGAGGAGCAAAACCAGGUGUACAAGAGGAAAACUGAAGCUGCCAAGAAAGAGUAUUUGAAGGCUCUGGCUGCAUAUAAAGACAAUCAAGAGUGUCAGGCCACUGUGGAAACAGUAGAAUUGGAUCCAGUGCCACCGUCACAGACACCUUCCCCACCUCCUAUGGCUACUGUUGACCCAGCAUCUCCAGCACCAGCCUCAACAGAGCCCCCUGCCCUGUCCCCUUCCAUUGUUGUUAACUCCACUCUUUCCUCCUUUGUGGCAAACCAGGCAUCUUCUGCUGGGAGUCAGCCCAAUAUCACCAAGUUGAUUAUUACCAAACAGAUGUUGCCCUCUUCUAUUACUACGUCUCAAGGAGCGAUGGUUACCGUUAUCCCAGCCACAGUGGUGACCUCCCGGGGGAUCCAACUAGGCCAAACCAGUACAGCCACUAUCCCGCCCAGUCAACAAGCCCAAAUUGUCCCUCACUCAGUGUUGCAGGCAGCGGCAGCAGCUGCUGCUUCUAUGCACCUGCCACCCCGAAUACAAACCCCUCCACUGCAACAGAUGCCUCAGCCCCCCACUCAGCAGCAAGUGACCAUUCUGCAGCAGCCUCCCCCACUGCAGGCCAUGCAGCAGCCUCCACCUCAGAAAGUUCGGAUCAGUUUACAGCAACAGCCACCUCCUCUGCAGAUCAAGAUUGUGCCUCCACCCACUCUGAAAAUGCAGACGCCCUUAGUCCCACCAGCUGUGGAAAGUAGUCCUGGGCGGCCUAUGAACAACAGCCCUGAGGCCCACACGGUGGAGGAAACCUCUCCUGAGACAAUCUGUGAGACAAUCACAGAUGUAGUUCCUGAGGUUGAGUCUCCUUCUCAAAUGCAUGUUGAAUUGGUGAGUGGGUCUCCCGUGACACUCUCACCCCAGCCUCGAUGUGUGAGACCCGGUUGUGAGAACCCUCCUGUUGUGAGUAAGGACUGGGACAAUGAAUACCGCAGCAAUGAAUGUGCGGUGAAGCACUGCAGGGAUGUCUUCUUGGCCUGGGUGGCCUCUAGAAAUUCAAACACUGUGGUGUUUGUGAAGUAGUCCUUCCUGUUCUCCAAGCCAGUC